AUGUCUCCCUAUUCACUCACAUUGUUGAGUGGAUUCCUUGCUGUUAUAUCUGUCAACGUAGUUAUUGCAUUUUAUAUAUAUAUGGCGAUGAAGGAACCUUCUGACAAACAUAAGCCUGAUCCUGCAUUUCUUGCUGAGGCCAAAGCUAGUGUAAGCCAGCCUACAGGCGAAGCUGAUAGCUCCUCCCAAUCCUCCAAGAAAGAAGAGUAG